AUGGUAACCCCAGAAGAAAUGGCCAUCGCAAACAAACGAACAGAGAAAAAAAUCUUUAAUUUUAUUUCCGCUAUAAAGUGGGCUUCCGAAAAGAAUUCGAAAAACGAAAUAGAGAUAACUGGAUCAAGUUCAAUCAGUAAACCAGUAGCCUGCUGUAGCGUUCAAGGAUCAGGGUUAAAAGCAGGAGUAGUUGGACGCAAGACGAAGUUUACUGUGACCAUCUCAAAUGUAUUUGGUAUGUUCGAUUUGUAUUUACAACUAAAAGGUCCAAGAAAUGAGGUAUACAGUGAAAAAAUUGUAAGUCUACAUCAAUCCAGCGAAACUAUACUAAACAAUAAAAAUAAAGUCGUUAAACGUUUAAAUCCAGACCAAAAAGUACCUGCAGGAGACACCAAAGUAUUGGCCUAUUUAGAGGAUUGUCAUGGCAAUACUUAUGUUAGAUGGAAAAAUAUAACACAAUACGGUGGUCAUGCUGUAUAUAACGCAUUUGAUUUUAAUUGCACAUGCAGUAAUGAAGGUUGUUUUGCAAUGUCUUUUACACCCGUAUCAGCAGGAAUUCAUACCUUGUCACUUCGAUGGCAGGAAAAACAUGUAGAAGGCUCUCCAUUCAAAGUAAAAGUUUAUAAACUUAGUGACGUCAAUAGACGUGGAAUAUCAGAGACAACCGGAAAACGUCUUUUAUUUGAUUCACUCUCAAUGUCGUUUGAUGGAAAUAACUUACAGGAGCAGAAUUGUACUCCAGAUAAAAGAAAAAUACGAAACGACAAUAUAAGUAAUUCAGAAACAAUUUCUGCAUCCCAACAACGCAUCCGUAAACAAUAUACUAUAACAAAGCGUAGGAUUUUGAAGAAAGUCAUAGCACGAAAUGGAGAAGAAAUUAUUAUCACUGAGAGUCAAACUCCACCUCUUUCCCGCCAAAGUAGUUUAACAGAUAUCUCUGAUUAUACAGAUGAAGAUGGUACUAGUAGUCCAUAUCCAAGAACAACUCAUUCUUCUAGGUCAUCCAGUCCUGCUCUACUACGCGCAGCGAAGGACAUAUCUAGUCUGAGACGCCAAAGGUCAAGAUCGUCUAGUCCGAACAUGGAAAAACGAAAAAUGAAUCUGGAACCAACGAUGGCAAGAAUUACUGAGAAAACCGCACUCAACGAUGUUCCCAGGACGGAAUCGUCACAAACAUUGACUUCUAUGACCACUACAGAUCACGAAAGUAAUUCUACCGGAAGUAACAAAAGACCAUUUGCAGGUUUUGGCAAUAAAAUAAGUCAGAAAUUUCUUGAUUCGUGUCUACAAAGCUUGUCUAAGCGGGAAUAUGGAAUUACACGUCAAAAUUCAGAUAGUGCUAUUCCUAAGUUAGGAAAUACAGAAAACAAACUACCGGGUGUAAAUAAAAGACUGUCAAAUGUAGUUGUACUUAAUCGUUCGUUAUCAGAAACAAGCCUAGAAGACAAAGUACUGAAAAAGUUGUUUGUGUGUGCGCAUGGUAAUAUCAUGUCACGUGAUCAAGAAUCACAUGAACCUGACAAUGGAAGUCCGAAAGCUUCCCCGAAUCUUAAAAUGUUACAGUCUAGUAGUUUACGGAAAGCAUGUUUUUACAUAAGCGGAAAAGCUAUCACCACAUCUCAGAGCUUGGUUUCCUGCAGUAGUAUAUCGGAUUCGAUGUCUGGGUCGCGACAAGAAUUAAUGUCUGAAGUUAACUUACCACACAAUUUUAUGCGGAAUGUAGGAUCUAAAUGUUUACUUAUGAAAGAUGAAGAUUAUACAUUACGGCACACUGACACAUGUGAAAAUGACAAUUCACACUCACAUACUGAUAUUAAGGAUUCGAUGAAUUUGACCCUUUCUAACGAAGGAGGAGCACCAAACAACGAGCGCGAUUACCAGAAAAAUUGUUCAAAUUUACAAAUAUUUCCUAAAGAUUUCACAGAAAAAAAGAAUAAAGAAAUGAAACCUCUAAAAAAAUUGAAUAUAAAAGAAACCUCAGAAAAAUUUGAUGUUGAAAGCUGGCUUCAAAAUUCACCUCUUAAUGAGCACGACAAAUUUGAAAUGUAUGACGACGAACAAAGUGCAAUCAAACCUGAUGCGUCAUCCUGUAUGGUUUCAAUCUCUCGACCGAUAUAUUCUUUUCCGGUUUCACAGACUAAUGAUCGUGAUAAACAGUCUACAGACGAAUAUUCGGUUCAAGCUGCAUUAAUGAGGAUUGAAUCUUCAGAUGAGUUUACAACUCCUCGUAGUACAGCAGGAAAAUUCUCAGCACGACGAACAAGGAGUAAUGAUACAGAUAAAAAGGAAAAUGCCUAUUUUCGAAGAACAUUUAGCAGUGACUCAAAACGAGGAAAUUUACAAAAACAGUCCUCUGUGUUUCCAGAUGCAGACAAUGACCCUUCGUUGGAUGAUGUAAGUAGCCUCAUAUCAAAUGAUUGUCACAGUAUAAGCUUAUCCACAUCGACAAAUAUUCAUAAAGACGAAAUAGAAGGUACACAUAUUCGAAACACCGAUUCCACAACAUACGAUUUGUGUAAUACAGACAAUAGCAGUGAAAAGGAAAAUUUUGAAAUGCGCAAUGAUCACUCAUCAGUAUUUCGGACUAUCUCUGAUGAGACCAAACUAAUCAAACCGUUCGAAACUCGAGUUGCUAUUGUAGUACCAAGAGUUAAAUGUGACAAGGGUACAGUUGUUUACGCCAAUGAUAUUGUAAAGGAGACAAAAUGGGAUGUUGCCUUUGAUUACUAUAACAUAUUUCGCCGUAGAAUGUGCAUGAGGAUGGCAGAGACGAACGAACCUAUUAACAAUGAUGAGGAAUUUAUACCAUGCAACAAUCUCUCGAAUAGAGGGCGAAGUUUCUCGGUAUUUGAUUCACGUAGUAGGGACAAGAAUGUACAUGCGUGGAUAGAGAAACAUCCUCAACUUCGAAUUAAUGCACCGUUUCGACAAUCUACCAUAGAAACCACAGACAGUGGCGUUGAUGACGAUAACGGUAUUCUGUCAGGACGACGAGCAUCUCUGUACAGCAACUUCCGGUUCACUGGAGAUAAUCAACAUCAAAUUCUUUGCAGACGUCCAUAUAAAGGAAAGAUUCCCCUUGAUCCAAAACUGAUUCAAAGUAGUAGUAAUACAAAUGUAUAUGAUCGAGAGACCGAUACGUAUGGUAAUGAUCAUGACGAAGACCAAAGAAACUCUGCGGAGGAAAUGUGCAAACAUCAACCCCAUGCAAAUGAGGAUCACAUGAUUUUAAAUCGACAAUGUUCUAAUGAGAAAUCAAAGCGAUAUGACGUAGAGCGAAAUGUCAUCAUUGAUGCUGUGAAGUUGAAAUUAAAAACAAAUGAAAACGGUUCACACAGUAACUUUGUCGAUACAAACGAUAGUGUGUCAUAUGAUGAUAAAACUAUACACAACAUGACUUUUUCGCGCAGUGAUGAAGUAAAUUCGGAAGAAACAAUACAACGCGCACACGCGGAAUAUCUUGCAAAUAUCAAUUCAAAUCUGACAUUAUCUAAAAUUGCAAUACAAACGAAAUCAACAUCUUCUUCUAUCAGUGUGGACGAUCCUUACUAUGGAUUUGGUGUUACUAGAGACAAUAGAACAGAUUUAUUAUCUCAUUUGAACGACUUCAAAAAUUUAAAUUUGAAAAACCCCCAAAAGCAGCGAGAAGAACUUGACAUCGAUGCCUUGCAAAAAAUGAAAAUUUCAGAUGAAGUAUUUACUAAUGAAUCAUGUAGGUCAUUCUCUCCGAAAAGUGAACACUCCAGCCGCAGUCAAUGUAUAUCUUCGUCUGAAGAUCUUUCGGAAGUCAGCAAUUAUAGUUCGUCUAUGGCAAUUUCGAAAAGAUUCACCAGCACGUUGGAACGCCCAUUUUAUCUUCAAAUUAAUGACGUCAUUGUAAUGGAACGUAACUCGAUAGCACCCUUUGCGCAUGACGAAAUAUUUUGUAGCGACGGUGAAAACGAGGCAUUUUCGUCUUCUGUUUCGACAGAAGAUGAUGAUUUUGUAUGCAAGGCGGAUGGCAUUGGACUAGUUGAAGGACAUGUUGGAAUGAAAAAUAACUUCCAGGUCUGGACAAAUGCAUUGGAUAAUGGUUCCCUGUCUGUUAAUAUCUAUGGUCCGAAGUCACACAGUGUAGUAGAAACCUGUGUAGUGUAUACGGGAGAUAACCUAUAUGAAGUCAUAUAUGAGGUCAGACAUCCGGGCAUUUAUAUCAUCUGCGUCAAAUGGUCGGAUGAAAAUGUACAAAAUAGUCCAUUCACGUGUAGGAUUACAUAUUGACAUCGGUGUAUUCAUUUGUUCGAAGAUGAUGGUAUAUACUUUUCCCAUAUUAUUCCACAACUCUCAUUGAUUAUGACUUAACUACCAAGUGCAAGUUAAUUGCAGAUCCAUUUUGUUUAAAAUGCCAAAAGUGUGAAUAAUUGCCACAAAAAGCAAGAGACCCGGAUCUGAUGGAACAUAUAAUUGUUUGCUCGAAUAUUUGCUUACAGCUCUUCUAUAAAAGCAUGCAAAGCAAACCUUUGACCAACUUGCUUGCUAUUUUGCUUGGAAGUUUGCAAACAAUAGGUAGGCGGAGUUUCAGUCUGUUUUAUAUAUACUGGGAUUUGAUUGGAAAAUAAAAAUUGACAUGCAAUGAAGUUAAUUUUAUUGUCCAAUCAAAUUCCAUUAUAUAAUAAACAGAGUGAAACAGACUACCUACCUUUUGUUUACAAAUAUCCAAACAAACAUAG